CGUGCCAAGCCCUUAGCAGCGGCUCAGCGUCGUGAAGCGAGUGCUGUCAUCAUCGUCAUCAUCAUCAUCAUCAACUGACCCGGAGGAAGGUGCGGGGUCCGGGAGAGCGCCAUGAACUACUUACCGCUUCUGGUGUGUGUGCUGUACUCGGGCCGGUGUGCCGCCUUCUACCUCCCCGGCCUGGCCCCGGUCAGCUUCUGUGAAGGAGGGAGUGGGAAGGAGACCUGCAAGGAAGUAAUUCAACUCUUCGUAAAUCGACUGGACUCUGUAGAAUCGGUUCUGCCAUAUGAGUACGACAGCUUUGACUUCUGCAAGGAUGAACAUGAGAAACAUCCUUCUGAAAACCUUGGACAAGUCCUUUUUGGAGAAAGAAUUGCUUCAUCGCCAUAUAUAUUUCACUUUAACAAGAAUGAAAGCUGUGCGCCAGUUUGUAAACGUGAAUAUGACUCGAACAUUAAAACUGCUGAGCUUGACUUCAUUAAAAAGGGUAUCCAGCUUAACUAUCAGCAUCACUGGAUCAUUGAUAAUAUGCCUGUUACCUGGUGUUAUGAAGUGGAGGAUGGUCAGAAAUACUGCAGUCCAGGGUUCCCUGUUGGGUGUGCAGUCACUGCCGAUGGCAGAGUGAAGGAUGCCUGUGUGAUCAAUAACGAGUUUAACAAGAAAGACACCUUUUACCUCUUCAAUCAUGUUGAUAUAACAAUCACAUAUCACAGUGGUAGAGACGAAAACUGGGAUGGAGCAAGGCUUGUUGCAGCAAGGCUUGAGCCAAAAAGCUAUAAACACACAAAUGUAAAUGACUUAAAAUGUGAGGGUCCCCCAAUGGAGAUACCCAAAGACUUAUCUAACCAUCUGGAUGUUAUAUACACAUAUUCAGUGACUUUUCAAGAAAAUAAUUCCAAUAAAUGGGCAUCUCGUUGGGAUUACAUUCUGGAGUCCAUGCCACACACAAAUAUUCAGUGGUUCAGUAUAAUGAACUCCCUGGUAAUUGUCCUCUUCCUUUCUGGGAUGGUAGCUAUGAUCAUGCUUCGUACACUUCACAAGGACAUAGCCAGAUACAACCAGAUAGAUUCUUCUGAAGAUGCACAAGAGGAAUUUGGUUGGAAACUAGUACACGGUGAUAUAUUCAGACCUCCCAAGAAAGGAAUGCUACUUUCUAUAUUUCUGGGACAAGGAACACAAAUAUUUAUUAUGACAUUCAUUACACUGUUCUUGGCAUGCCUUGGAUUCUUAUCACCUGCUAACCGAGGAGCACUGAUGACAUGCGCAGUUGUAUUGUGGGUCUUGCUGGGAACUCCAGCUGGCUAUGUAUCUGCUCGGAUGUACAAGACUUUUGGAGGCGAGCGAUGGAAAUCCAAUGUGCUACUGACUGCCCUAUUGUGUCCAGGAAUUAUUUUUGCUGAUUUCUUCAUUAUGAAUGUAAUUUUAUGGGUUAAAGGAUCUUCAGCUGCUAUCCCCUUUGGGACACUUGUGGCUAUCCUGGCAAUGUGGUUUGGAAUUUCUGUUCCCCUGACAUUCCUAGGAGCAUACUUCGGAUUUAAAGAAAGAGCUAUUGAACAUCCGGUCCGUACAAAUCAAAUACCGCGUCAGAUUCCCUGCCAGUCCUUCUUCACAAAACCAGUUCCUGGCAUCGUUAUGGGUGGUAUUCUGCCUUUUGGGUGCAUUUUUAUCCAGCUGUUUUUCAUUCUCAACAGCAUUUGGUCUCAUCAAAUGUACUAUAUGUUUGGUUUCCUGUUUCUGGUGUUCAUAAUACUGCUGAUAACUUGUUCAGAAGCUACCAUCUUGCUGUGCUACUUCCAUCUGUGUGCAGAGGAUUACCAUUGGUGGUGGAGGUCCUUCCUAACAAGCGGAUUCACUGCUGUUUACCUUUUUAUCUAUGCAGUUCAUUAUUUCUUCUCUAAGCUUCAAAUCACAGGAACUGCGAGCACCAUUUUGUACUUUGGAUACACGACGAUCAUGGUUUUAAUUUUUUUCCUGUUUACAGGUACUAUUGGAUUCUUUGCAUGCUAUUGGUUUGUCAGGAAGAUCUACAGUGUUGUAAAGGUGGAUUAACCAAGAUGACAGCAGCGGUUUAGGUACAUUUCACAGCAAAUGCCUGGAUAUGAAGAUACUACCUUGUACAGACUUGAAAUGGAUGUUGGGGUGACACACAGUGAUGACUGUCUCCAGAGAUUUAGCACCUUGGGAUAUUGUGUUUACAGCAUUCCAUCGAGUUAUUUUUAUUUUUAAAAACCCAUUUGUAAUCUAUUGUAAAUACUCAAGUGUAAGUUUCAGGAUGAUGUUGAACAGUUUUUAUUUAGCAAUUCCCGGGUACACUUGUUAACUUUGCCCAGGACCAGUGAUCAUGAUAUUAUUUGAUAUCCCAUUAUGUUUUAAGGCAGUGUACAUUUUUGCUACUGUGCCUUCUAAAUAAUAUUAAUGAGAGGUUUACUUGUACAAAUGUUAAGCUAUUAGUCCAUCUAUACUACAUUCUAUGUACAACUUGUCUUUUUUAAUUUAAUAUGAUAUGUACAUUUUUAUGGCUUAUGUUUUAACACUUGGAAUUACGUGUACUAGAAUCUCAGUUUUAAGGUUGUUCAUUCUUGAAAAAUCUCCUCUUUGUAAAUGCUCUCGUAAGUAUUCUAUAAAAGGUACCCUUUUGAUCAUUGCUGGGAGCAUAAUUAUAUUACAUUACAGCUAAAAAUACAAACAUUUAAAGGUAUGCCAUAUUGAAAAUUAAAUCUUGAAAUGCAUAAAAGAGCACAUUUACCUGCUCAGCAGGAAUUGUAGCGUGCCUGUCCAUUCUA